UCUUCUACAAGAAUACAGACGCAUCGCUCGCCUACUACGCGCCCAAACAAAACGGCGCGUACCCCUAGUGUUAAAUUAAGGCCUAUGGCAAAGUUUGCCAGAAUCCUCCAGCCAACCAGCAGGAUAGUGAGGACAUUGCUGUGUUCAGGGCCUCUCUAUUGACGGAACUUGAAAAGUGGCCCCAAAUAUAUCUUUACGUCACAAAAUGGGCCUGUUCUUCUGGCCAAAGUUCGCAUCUCUUCCGAAUAUGUCUGAGGAGAACAGAGCUGACGCAAGUUUUGGCAGAAGUUCGGCGCCUUUGUGGCGAGCAAGCCAUGUGUCUAGAGCGACGAGGCCGGGCAGACGCAGGCGUCGGCGAGACUGCAUCGGGAGAGCAGCAGCCGGCCUCAAGAAGGCGCCGGGUUCGCCGCGUCGAUAGCGAUGACGAAUAUAACAGUCUGAUCGACAUGGAUACGGCCGAGCAGCGCCUCGUCCAAGACGAGGUGCAGCAGUACCUGCUAUUGCAGGAUUUCAAUGUGAAAGCAAGUGAGGUCCUUCAAUGGUGGAAGAGUAGUGCCCCCUGUGCCCUGUGCUAUCAGAAGUCAUCACACGCGGCCGUUUUUCCCACCCUAAGCAGAGUCGCAAGACUAAUUCUGGCCACACCGGCAGCAAGUGCGCCGGUGGAGCGUGUGUUUAGUCGGGCAGAACGCCUCAUCAGCCCAACAAGAACAUGCCUCGCCACUGACACAGUGGAUGAUUAUCUGUUUUUGAAUGAUUUCAUCAAGUCCUUCGGCUUGGAGGUGCUUUCUUUGGACGAUGGCGACGAAGCGGAACCCCUUGAGGGAGAAGAAUAGUGAAUUGGUGGCGGUGACCCGGUGACCGGUGGCGCCAUUCAUCAAGUGGUGCAGUUAUUUUUCUAGUCAAAAAGAGCUUUUUUUUUUUAAA